AACACCUUCGUCUCCCCGUGCACAACGAGAGAUCCCCACGGCCGCCGAGGAACCCCUCCUCAUCCUCCUUGCACACCCCCUCGGCCCCUCUCAUGCCCGCAGGGUCAGAGGCCGUGGGCGAGCCCGGCGGCUGCGGACACGUCGAGGAGGAGUACGAGAUUCGCAACGACGAGGGCUUUGUCUACAAGGUUCACCGAGGGCUCUACCCCGACGCCGCGCCCUCCACCACCCAGACGGCGGCGGGCCCCGACCCCAAGGCUGCCGGCCUCCGCCGCCGCCGCCGCGCGCUCCUCCGCCUCCGCGCCAAGCGCCUCCGCGACCUCUCCCGCUGGGAGGCCCUCGCCUCCGAACUUCUCGCCCCGCUUCCCGCUCCCCCGCCACCGGCUCCGACAUCCCAAUCCCCUCCCGUCGCUGCCUCCUCCUCCUCCUUGGUCUCUGUCCUCGACGAGCUCCUCGCACAGGCUGACAUUCAAGUUGAGCUGAUGAAGAAGGUGUGCCAGUGGUGCGACGAGGCCAACUCUAUCUGCGACGCAGGAGAGGCUGCCAUUGUCGAUUCGAUAGUUGCGCUGCCUAUGUGGGGCGCCAACUCGUCGGAGCUAGUGGCAGCGCUAUGCAGCCCAGAUAAAAAUACCCCUGGUAAGUUGGAUGAACCGAAUGGGUGCCAAGAAGCUUCUGGAGUGUCUUCAGCGGCAGCUGAAAUGAUAAAAAAUAGUGUCGAGAAACAGACAAUGGGUCAUGACCUUCCUCCCAUUCUCACUGAGAGCAGGACGAGGAAAAGAGUAGCUAAUCUUUCAGGCACAAAGAGGAAGAAGGCAUCAGGCACUCCACGAUCAAUAACGAGAAGAAAGGCAGCGUCCAGUCCAGCAAGAGUUCCAGACAUAUUUGGUAGCCCGGGGCCACUAACCAGGAGAAGGGCAGCAGCUCAAAAUGUACCAACAGGGAACUCGUAAUAGGUGGCUCUUAUCUACAAGCCAAAACGCCUUAUAAUUUGGUUGGAACAGAGAGAGCCAUGUGUUUGUACACAAGUGUUGUUUGUUGUUGAUGUAGCUAGAAAAUCCAAAAUAACUACUCACUCCGUUCUUUUUUAUUUGUCGCAUAUUAGUAAAAAAUAAACUAGCCGACGACAAAUAUUCAAGAACGGAGGUAGUAGUUCAUAAUUGGGGGAGUGACUUUUUUUUGGCUAGUGAUGUCACCACUUUAGCCAUCAAUUGAACAUCUUGUGUAUUUGUGAAGUUCCAGCCGCAGAUGGUAUUUAGUGUGCAAUCAAGUAUUGCUGUAUUGG